CAUUGACAGUUUAGUGUGGUGUUGUUUCAAGGCAUUGGUAUUUGUUUUGAAAUUAUUUUCGAAAUUAUCUAUUUUUUCUUUUAAGUGUGUAAGAAUUUAUAUAUUGUAUAAUAAUAAAAAUCGUAUAAAAUGUGUGCAUAUCAGUAUGAGCCUGCGAAAUAAUACUUAUGUGUCUUUAAUUAUCGUAACUAAUCUAACCCUAUUGUAUUGAUUGGAUAAUAUUAUUUAUCAAUACAUUUUAUCAAUUAUGUUGAUAAUAAAAUAAUCUCGGCUGACUUCCACUCAUCGAUAAUAGAAGUGAGCUUGACUGUUAGGUGAGCAUAUUUAUAAAUACAAGCUUUACACGAAUGCGUGUAGCGAUCAAAGUACGCGUGAUACAAAGGUCAAACGACUUGUUUAAUCGCUCAACAUGACUAUAAAGACGAAAUUAUUGAAGCUACUGAUACUUGGAGCUCCAGCAUCAGGAAAGGGUACAAUAUCGUCUCGUAUAGUGAAGAAGUAUAAUGUAUCACAUGUAUCAAGUGGGGACAAGCUGAGGGACCACAUAGAAAAACAAACUGAUUUAGGGAAAGAAGUAAAGAAAUACUUGAAUGAAGGGAAACUGGUACCAGAUGAUGUAAUGAUAAAAUUCAUGAUUACCGAAUUAAAUAAGGUGAAUAAUAAGUCAUGGUUGCUGGAUGGUUUUCCAAGAACAGUAGCUCAAGCAGAUGCAUUGUGGAAAGUGCAACCAGUGGAUGUAGUGUUAAAUUUAGUAGUGCCCUUCGAGGUUAUUAUUGACCGAGUAAAGAACCGCUGGGUUCAUUUGCCUUCUGGGAGAGUUUAUAACAUUGGUUUCAAUACACCAAAAGUUGAGGGCAAAGACGAUGUAACUGGUGAAGAUUUAGUUCAAAGACCUGACGAUAAACCUGAGGCUGUGAGGAAGAGGUUGGAAAUAUAUGAAAGUGCAACAAGGCCUGUCAUCGACUAUUAUAGGAAUAAAAAUAUUCUCAAAGAGUUUGAAGGGCGCACAUCUGAUGAAAUAUGGCCAAAGGUAACAGCUUAUUUAGAUCCUAUACUAAUUAAGUGAAGUAUUUAUUUGUCUUUUUUUAUUUAUAUACUGUGUAGGGUUGGUGCUGUUAACAAUUUUAAUUAACAAAUAACUAGAUAUUGCACUAUUUGCCUAAUCCUGUAAGUAAAUCAUAAUACAUUUAAUAUAACAUAUUUUAAUUUUUUAUAUUAAAUAAACUUUUGGAAGCAUGUUGUGUAUUUAAAAAGUAGUAUAUAAGUAGGUAGUUAUUAAAUUUUAAAUAAUUUCUGAUUGUAUUAUGUUUAUUGACAUAUUUAUAUUUUAUUUAUAUUUAAACAUUUGUGGGAUCUUGCCAAAAUUAUAUAAAUAAUGAAAUGAAAAGGUAAAUGGUAUUUUUAUUUUAUACAAUUUUAUUUAGGUAUGCACCAAAUAUGAAUAGUAAUUACAUUGCAUACCAGAAUAGUGCCAGAAUAUUUUACCAAAGAAAAAGUUGUAUACAAUUGUUAUACUAAGAUGUCAUAAUUUACUAAUGGUCUUCCAAAAGUGGUUAAUAACAGCACAAUUUAUUAUACUGUAGGAAAUAAUUAGUGCCUUUGUAUGGCUAGUCUGUAUAAUAAUAAAUAUAGAUAAGCAUAAUUUUGUUAGCAUUAGGAAUGUUUGAUUCAAAUUUAUGUAUUCUAAAAAGCUCAAAUUAUUAUUUUUUAUUAUUAUACAAAACAUAGGUUUAAUUGAUGUAAUAGAUUUUUGUUGUGUAUUUGUUGAAUAAAUAAUUAUAAUUGUUAUAA